CCAGAGCAGCCCUUGGCUUGCCCUGUCCAUUUUUCACUUGUUCACUUCUUUGAUUCAUAAGGAAUAAGACGUGUAAGAAAUAUGGUGGAAACUUGCUUUGAACACAGCUAGUCCUUGCUUACACAAACCCAUUGUUUUUAAGUGCGUGGGGAGGAGUGCAUUCUUUGAGAGAAAGCACAGAGAAUUGGGACGCAUCAUAGUGUAGAGGUGUGUCCACAACAGCAGAUGAGGGAAGAUGUUGGCUAUGGACCAAGGAGUGGUGGAGGAGUGGCUGUCAGAGUUUAAGACCCUUCCUGACAGUGCAGUGUCCAGCUACGCAGCGUCUCUGAAGGAGAAAGGCUCCCUGGUCCCAGCGCUCUAUAAAGUCAUCAGGGAGAACUACAGUGAUUUGUUGGAGCCAGUGUGUCACCAGUUGUUUGAGUUCUAUCGUAGCGGAGAGCCACGGCUGCAGCGGUUUGUUCUCCAGUUCCUCCCUGAGCUGCUCUGGUCCCUCCUCCUGGCUCCGUCUGCAGCCAGGGACCCACAUACCUCCGGCUGUAUAGAGGCCCUGCUACUGGGGAUAUAUAAUCUGGAGAUUGUAGAUAAGGAUGGACAGAGUAAAGUCCUUUCUUUCACUGUCCCCUCCCUCUCCAAACCCUCAGUCUACCACGAGCCCUCCACCAUUGGCUCCCUGGCGUUGACGGAAGGGGCUCUAGCUAAUCAUGGGCUGCGUAGAGUGGUGUACAGCGGGCCUCACCUACAGAGAGAAACCUUCACGGCUCAGAACAGGUUUGAGGUGCUGACCUUCCUGCUGCUGUGUUACAAUGCAGCUCUCAGCUACAUGACCUCCUCAUCUCUGCAGUCCCUCUGCCAGCUCAGCUCCAGGGUGUGUAUCUGUGGUUACCCGCGGCAACAGCUAAGGAGGUAUAAAGGCAUCAGCUCUCGUCUGACCGUCACCUCUGAGUUCCUGGUCCAACUCAUCACUGGGAUACAUUACGCACUGUGUAAUGGGGAGAUGGACCUGGGUUCCAAGGCGCUGGAUGAUGUUCUGUACCGAGCUCAGCUAGAACUGUACCCUGAAGCUCUACUGGUGGGUGACAUCACACACAAACACACACAGGUGGGUAAUGCCAUCAAGUCGUCCCAACAGUGUGCUGCGCUGAAGUCUGGCGCUAGUAAAGAAGGAGCUCGCAGCAUUCAGGUGGAGAUCACUCCUACUUCCUCUAGGAUUUCACGGAAUGCGGUCACGUCACUCUCUAUCAGAGGACACCGCUGGAAACGCCAUGACGCAGUGGAUUUGGGUUCCCCGGAUGAGUUGAUGGAUAUCUCUGAAGUGGACGAAGGGGUGUGGCCUACAGGAGGGGCUGGCCUGGACUCACUGACUCCACCUACCAUCACUAUCAGCAACAGCGUUACCCCUGGGGUGGGAGGGGCCAAGACAGGAAGCAGGAAGUGGCAUCUAGGCGGACGGUUGCAUAAGGAGAAGGAGGCUUGUCCUCCAGGGGGGCAGACCCUGGGCGAGAACCUGGAUCUGUCAAUCAAACGUCUGACGUUGACGUCCAGCCAAUCGGUCCCCAAGGGGCCGAGCCAUAGCGCACUGAGCAGCCUAUCGCGUACAGCCAGCGCUGUGUUCUCACGCUCCUUUGAGGGAAACAACACCGGAGGAAACCGUGGCAACCCCGAGGCUGGCCGCUAUUCGUGCAGUGGCAGCCUGCAGGAGGAGGAGUUAGGCUAUCUAAGCCCCACCCCCAACCACAACCAGCGCUCGCCCAGCAUCAGCGUGCACUUUAGGAGCGACCUGUGAACCCUGACCUCUAACUCUUGAGCUCUCACCCCCAUCUCAAUCCUCUAACCCCAUGCCCCUGUACCUGUGACCUGUAUUCCCAGCCUGCCAGAAGGACUGGAACACAUUCCCUCUUAUCCCCCUCCUUUCCUCACCAUCCCCCUUUCUUUCCUAUACAUACCAUUCUUCAUCUCCUUCUUCUUCAGUAGGACAGCUGCCCCCUCUAGAAACUGGCUUCUCUCCUACCCUUCCUCUCUCUCCAAAGCGAGAGCCUUGUGUGAGAGCAGGGAGCCUGUGUCCAUCCCUCCGCCCUGGAACUACAGAACCACCAGACAGAUCUGCAGACUGUUUUCUGAGAGGGUUUGGAAAUUGAGUAUUUAAGACUCUUGUUUGUCCUGUUUGGCUUUCUGUACAUCCCUCCCGACCACGCCCCCAUCACCGGGCAAGUACGGUGUUUGUGAGCUUGUGUGUGUGGGAGCUUGCAUGUGAGUGUGAAUGCAAUAAAGUGUUGGUGACAAUUUUUAGAAUAAAUGUAGCUGAUUGCUGCAAUGAACAAGGUGUGAUACUCCCCAAAAUAAAAUGAAAAUAAAUAUAGUCUCUAGUGAAACUCUUUUUUUUUUUUUUUUUUUUUUCUUCAGAUGUCCUCUUUCCCCUCUCCGUACUUAUCAUGCACUAGGCCCUAGUGACUAGUUUGAUCGAACCCUAACACAAUGUGACCUCCACGCUCCCAUUGCCAUAGCAAAUAUUUAUUCAUCCAGUCUGAAUAAUUCUGCAUUCCACAAAAAUGAUUAAAUGACACACCACAAAAAUGAUUACAUGACACACCACAAAAAUGAUUAAAUGACACACCACAAAAAUGAUAGAAACCAAAAAUAAUCAUUAAUCUUUCAUGUUCACAUGUGAAGAGUAUUGAUUGAUGUCAUCCUACUAGAAGCAAUAUUUAUCUCUGUGGUUAUUUUCUCCCAGGUCUGAUCAACAAACAAGCUGAUUGGGGUCAUUUAUGUUUCUGAUCAAUAAAUUGAUUGGAGAUGGGUUUGUUAAGUUUGUAUGAUAAUGUAUAAACUGUUUGUAUGAUGUAAACUGUGGAAUUUUCCUAUGACUGAGAGACUUGGGUUUUUAAAUAUAGAUGCAACAAUAUAUCAAAAGCAGUGGGGCGCCUACCUGCUUACAGUAUUGAUAUGCAUAAGCAGGAAGUUACCCUGUUGUCAAUGCUGAUGUCAUAUUGCUGCGUCUACCUUUAACUGUGGUGUUCUAUGUACGGCAGACAGUGGUUAGAAAUGUAGGAAAAUACCACGAGAGGGAGGGAGGGAGAGCCAGUUGUUGUUCGAGCGAGCCGUAUUGAAUCUCCUCAGUGUUAAAGAACAAGAAGAAUCCAACCCAAACCUGCACGAUACGUGCCUGACUCCCAAACCACACCACCACCAAACCGAACACACACCUAGGCCUAGGAGUAGUGGUUAUAGGGGCUAGGGAACAUUGGUAUGCUUAUACAAGCUAGGGAAUAGGUUUAUAGGAGUUGGUUUGGGAUUAGGCCUGUAAACUGUCUUCUCCUCCAAUCCCUUUCUACUCUGAAGUGUCAGUACAGUAAUGUUGUGUUUGGUUGAUCUUUAUUGAGUGAUUGGUUGAUUUAACUUAUUAUAUAUAUAUUUUUUAGGUUAACAUGAACUUGACUGUGUUUGUCUGUUCUCUGGUUCAUUAUCACCUGCUUUAUAACAUAAUGGAAAUUGAGGAUACAGACAAAGAACACGCUCCCUUUGAGGAGAGGCGCACUGGCUGAACAUUUUAAGUCAACGAUGGCACGACAGUCACACUCCAUUUGGUGGCAAUGAAGUUCACUGUGGUGCAGACGGAGAGAAGAGUGUCGGGUGUAGGUCAUGUACUAUUGGACAUCUGAAUGCAGAAUAACGUCUGCCCUACUGGAACCUUUGUUCUAGAACCAGUGUUCUAUCAGUCUGUCAGUGUUCUAGAUCUGUUUUUAUAUUCAUACGGUGGAACAAUAACAAUCAUGUUUCUGUAUUCGGUUGCUUUAUGGAAUGUCAUGAAUCUGUACAUAUUGUUGUUCGUCUUCAGUUGUUGGUUUGGCCUUUCUGUCUGAAGAUAAUGCUCUGCUAGAGCUACUCUUUGAGAAUAAAAUCGUUCUAUAUUUCA